CGACGUGCUUCCUCCUCACCGCUCUCGAGCAAGCAUCACAGCCACAUCUAGUGCUAUAAAGACGACUGCGAGCGCUUUGAGCAGGCACCACAAGCAAUCGAGGGACCACUGCAAGAGUCUGAACAAUCACCACAGACGCAACGAGAGCCAUGGCAACAAUCACCGCCGAGAACCCGGUGCCGGUCGAGAAUGGCCACGCCAAUGGGCACGCAGCAAACGCGGACGAGCUCGACAAAAAGGUCGCGCUGCAAUCGACGGUGCUCAUCGACGGAAAGCACCAGUCUGCCUGGGAAGAGUUCCGCCGCGAGGCGUACGCCACGAUUGGCACUGGCACUGGCGCUGGCGCUGGCGAGGAGCGAAAGGAGGACAAGAGGUGGUUCGACGACGUCACGCUCGCCCGCUUCUUCCGUGCGAGAAGCUACAACGUGGCGCGGGCCUUGGACCAGCUCCGUGCGACGGACGCCUGGCGCCGCAAGAUUAACCUGGACCACCUCUAUGAGACGUUUGACGUGUCGCAGUUUGAAACCUCGCGGACCUAUUACACGCGCUGGACUGGCCGGCGCGACCUCGACGGCAGGCCGCUUUAUGUCUUUCGGAUCGCCUCGCUGGACAAGAAACGGCAGAAGGCCAUCUUUGCCGAGCCAGAGGAGGAGCGCUACAAUCGCAUCGUCGUCCUGACCGAGUUCCUGAGCCGCUUUCUCACUCGCUUCGUCUCAGACGUCAAGCAUGCUUCGCCCGAGUCGAAGCCGUCGGACGCGCCCGCGCCACCCAUCACGUCCAUCACGACAAUCGUCGAUCUCGCCUCCGUCUCGCUCAUGUCGCUCCUCGCACUGCGCUCCCACCUCCAGCAGUCGAUCACGCUGGGAUCGGCCCACUACCCCGAGACGCUCGACACCAUCGCGGUAGUCAAUGCACCCUCGUUUUUCCCCACCGUCUGGUCCUGGGUCCGGCUCUGCUUCGACGAGGGCACCCGCCGCAAGAUCCACAUCCUCGGACCCGCCGAGUCCGAGGCUGCCAAGAAGGAGCUUCGGACGCUGGUUGCUCCUGCUGAUCUGCCGCGCGUCUAUGGUGGAGAGAUGGAGUGGGUGUUCGACGACGCACCCAACCUGGACGACGAGAUCAAGGCCAAGCUCGGCGCGCAGGAGCUGCCUACGGGCCCCCUCGACUGGAACCGCGAGAAGCAGGAGGCCGUCCUCUUGGGCACCGGCCGCGAGACAUAGAAUAGAAAAAUGCUCGGCACCUUUUUCCCCCCGCUUUCCCUGAUAUAGACUAUCGUCCCAUGUCAAAUACUUUAGAUACCAUGCGCUGCCCCCUUUUACCGAAUGGCUUAAUUAUCCAGAUUGUCCAUUGCCGUUGGAAGAGAAAGGACCAGGAAGAGACAAGCUUCAGGACAAGUAACAAGGACUAGGAGAGAAGAGAGGGGGACGAGGGAAUGCAACAUCUCUAAGAUACAAGGACGGGGCCAGAAGG